AUGUCGGCUCUCGGAACAGGAUUUUAUGUGGACGCACAGGAAGAUAUGGCACCAAGGUAUCCGUCAACCGCAUCAGGGGUGGAGCAGCCACUGGUGAGCGGAGAAUAUGGCGGAUCAGAGUCUUGUCUGUUACAAAGCACGUCUCUUUUUAACGGCACCUGGAAUCCGAGUGCACCCACAUAUAUUCACCAUGCGUACAGCACAAGUGGCGGCACUGGGGCAAUAGAUAGCGACGGAAUGUACCCUCGAUCCUGGACUCUUGAGCCUCUGCCCUCGUCCCUGUGUUUAACGGGAUUACCACCGACUGCCGCGCAUUACGAGAUCAAGCCUGAACCCCUCAUUGCGAGUGGCGAGUGUACAACACUGGAAUCACAUGCGCCACUGUUGUCUGACAUUGAGAACGCAGCGACGCUAACGGAGAUACCGUCGUGUGAAAGUGAGAGUCCACCAGCAGAUGAGAAGAAGGACGUGGACCCAAAUAACCCUUCAUCCAACUGGCUCCACGCAAAGCCCACCAGGAAAAAGCGUUGUCCUUACACAAAACACCAAAUUCUCGAACUGGAAAAGGAGUUUCUGUUUAACAUGUACCUGCCCCGGGACCGUAGAUAUGAAGUAGCCAGGCUGCUGAAUUUGACAGAAAGGCAGGUGAAAAUCUGGUUUCAGAACCGCAGGAUGAAGAUGAAGAAGGACAACAAAGAGCGGCGGAGAGACAGUUAAUGCUGCAGGACUGCUGUAAAGGAACAAAUGGUAAAGAGGUUUAAAUACUGACGAUGUUAGAUAUUCUUGUACAUUUUAAGCUAUAAAAGCCACACUGGAUAGUCUGUUAUGUGUCAGUAUUUGUGAGGCAGUGUCUCGUCUGAAUGUAAAUGUCUUUUUUGUGAUGCACACAAAAUCUUUUCUCAUUUGUCGUUUGCAUGACUCUAGACUACCUGAACUCUUGAA